UUCAUACAGUUUUCCUACACUGCCUACUAAGACCCAAUCCGAAAUGGCUCCCUGUUUGAUAUAAAGUGCUUUAUAAAGAGCAAAAGUGACACAUAGUAAGUUAGCGGAUUUAGCCACUGACUCAGUAAACAGCAUUAUUAGCAAGUGCACAGGCAGCCUUCCGUUUAGGACAGAACCAAAUGAUGUCGAGUGCGUCAGUGAAAUAGUUCCGUGCUGCAAACGGAACUAUUCUCUGCACGAGUUUGAGUUGUUCUAAAUAUAUAAAAAUAAAUUGUAUUAAAAAUUUAGAUAGUUUAAAUAGAGCUGUUGCUGUAUACCCAAACUGACACACUCUUAUGUAAAUAGAUGUGAUAAAUAUGGCAGGAAGAUUGCGACCUCUGUUUUGGCGCUCGGGUUUGAUGUGUCCGGGUAAACAGGCAGGAGAAAUAAAUGUGCACAGGGUUGACAGGAGCCAGGAGCAGAAUCCUCAACAUUCAGAGCAAGCUUCACUCUAUAUCCAUUGGCCGUACUGUUUGAAGCGAUGUUCUUACUGCAACUUUAACAAGUACAUCCCUCGCUCAGUGGAUGACGAUGUUAUGACAGAGUGCCUUCAGCAGGAGACCCGGACACUUCUGCAGCUCAGCCAGGUUUCUCAGAUCAGCUCAGUGUUUUUCGGUGGAGGAACACCCAGCCUGGCCCGAGCCUCCACCGUAGCCGCUGUCCUAGAGACCGUCUCUGCACACGCGCGGCUCCGUGAGCAUGCCGAGGUGACGCUGGAGGUGAACCCUGCUCCUGCAGGAAGAACCGCACUCAGAGACUUCGUGUCUGCCGGAGUCAAUCGCUUUUCUGUUGGGGUGCAGUCUCUGAACGAGGCCAGUCUGAGGGUUCUCGGGAGGGACCAUGACCCACAGCAGGCUCUGCAGACGCUGGCGGAGGCUCGGACCCUCUGCCCCGGACGCGUGUCGGUCGACGUCAUGUUCGGAAUUCCAGGUCAGAGUGUGGCAUCGUGGGAGAGCGAGCUGGAGGAGGUUCUGCGUGUGUGUGAUGAUCACGUGUCUCUGUACCAGCUGACCCUGGAGAGAGGAACUCACCUGUACAAGCAGGUACAGCAGGGAGAAGUCAGCAUGCCCGCUGAUGAUGUCACUGCCUCCAUGUACAGAUCCGCUCGGAACGUUCUGGAGCAGGCCGGAUUCCUGCAGUACGAGGUGUCCAACUUCGCCAGACACAAUGCUGUAAGCACACACAACCUGGGCUACUGGAGAGCACAGCCGUAUAUCGGAGUUGGACCUGGAGCUCAUGGCCGGUUCGUUCCUCGAGCGCUGGGCGUGGUUCAUCGGGAGGCACGCACUCAGACGUUAGAGCCGGACGUCUGGAUGAGAGAAGUUCAGCAGCACGGACACGCAACACGCAGACGCAUACAGCUCAGCCAGCUCGGCCUGCUGGAGGAGGUGUUGGUCAUGGGACUCCGAAUGACUGAAGGAAUUUCUCACCAGCACUGGGCAGCGUUCAGCCCUGAGGUGAGUCUACACCAGGUUCUCGAAGCCUCAGCAGACGUUCAGGAUCUUCAACAGAGAGGCGUUCUAAUCCUCGAUGACAGAGGAUUGCGCUGUUCCUGGGAGGGUUUAGCAUUAUUGGACAGUAUUCUGCCUGUUUUGCUGCUGGAGUUGGACACGUUCUUCCACACACGCAGACCUGCAGAUGGACAGACAGAGAGGUGAGAGUCGAUACAGUCUGUACAGCCGGACUACCUGAAAGCAGCUACCACGUUUCUCCUUCCUCAGUGUUUUUGGAGUUGAUUCUGGAGUAACACUGGAACGAAGAUGCAGAAGCACUGCUUUAUAUCAAGGCUUUUUGUGCUGGACUGAAAGGCCAAAUAAAGCAUAGAUUAUUUUCUGGUUUUCUGGUUUUAUUAUCAGGUGAGCUGGUUUUCUUAGUUUUUCAGAUGAUGUCACUAUGGUAGUAUAGUGGGUUAAUUUAAUUCCCUCAGCAGUUCAUCAGAAUAAUGCGCACAACACUAAGUACUAACUACUAAGUAGUUCUUUCAGUAAUUGGCUCUUAACAUUUAAAUAUUAUUAAUUCCUGUUUUACUUCUGAAUAUGACUUAUUUAAGGACAAAAAGAAAACUGAUUUAACCCAUGAUUUAUGUUUUCUACUAUUAUUUUUUAUUUAUUGACACUUUUUUAAAAAAAAGAUUUUUUAAAAAAAUGUACAUAGCUACUAUGUACAUUUUUUCAAAUUAGGAGCUACUUGUUGUUUGUUUGCUUGUAUACCAUCGUGCCUGUGAAUCUUUUCAGAGUAUUAUUUCUGCACAGGCUUGUGGCUGAGUGAUGUGAUGAUGUAACAUUUAAAUUAUGAUUAUAUUAACAUCGUGAUACACUAUUGAGUGUACUCUGUGUCUGUAAGCGUCAGUUCUUCAAAUAUAUAUGAAAAUAAUCAGUGACGACACACACUGAAGUGUUUAAUUCCUCUAAUACCACAGGAAUUUGCCAAAAAUUAAUAUUUUUAGUUAUUAAAGGACAACAUGUCAUAAUGUUUAUCCAAUUAUGGUUACGUUUAAUUUUGUGGAAUGUCGGGGAAACAACUUAGUUCCUGUUCUUACGAUAAACAGUCAUUCCCUUACUAGCUUCUCUUUAUUUCUCUCAAUCAGAAUCCAGAAUUCAACAGGGCUAGUUACUGAGGUUUCUGGGCAGCCAAACCUGGAGUUUGUCCACCCCUGAGGUAUCAUUUAUUAGUUUAAUACAACCUGCGAUAAUGUGGAUGUGUACAGGUUUGAUUGUCUCAUAAGUACUAGGAAGCUCAAGAUCACAUUAUUGCUCAUGAAAUGAUCCUGACCUGUGUGUAGUGAUCACCACACCACUGUGUCCACAUCUGCGUCUUUUCAGCUCAGACCAGUGUGAAUGAACUGAGCAGACGGUGUUUUUCUGCAUAACCCUUCAUUCUCCUUCCAGUCAUAUCACUACCUUUUAGGAGCGAUUUUGAACAUGUUUGUGCUUGUCUUUUUUGCAUUAGUAUUCCUAACACACACACACAAAAAAAAAAAUUCUUCCUGUAAAAGCCACACCCUUCUAUCCUGAUGGACCACACACACCUGUGGAUCUGUCUUCGACAUGUGUGUCUUUCACACACUGAGCAAUCUGUGUGCUGUGUAUGCUCUAAUACAAAAACCACCUGGAGAAUGAAUGUGCUUCAAAUACAGUGAUGAAAAUGAGGUUUAGGACUCUUUAUUGCAAAUCCCACAGAUGCCUGCUGAAUUUCUGUGCUUGCCAUCGCUCCCAUGAAAGAUGAUACAUAUAUUUGGUGCAUAAAAUCACACAGGUGAAGAUCAUUCCUUUACAAUAAACAGUGCAAAUCGCACACAUUGACAAACUAUGGACAAUUUAGAGAUGCUAAUCAGCCUAGAACACAUGUCUGUGGACGGAAAAUCCCAAAGCAUGCGGAGAAUAUGCAAACUCCACGCACACAGGAAUCGAACCCCCAACCCCGGUGGUGCGAGGCAAACAUGUGAACCACUAAGGCACCCUGCCAGAAAUAUUUUCAAGACUCUAAACUCUGGGGUCCCUGAUUAAUAAAAAAAAAUCCUUUGUGAUCGGUAUAACAGUACCUCUGAGAGUAGUGCAGCUGCAAAUCACAGGUUUAUAUUAAUGCCCUCGUUCUAAUACGCUAUUACACAGAGGCUUGGUGAAGUUGAUAUUGUGACGUUUUCUGUAAAGAAAUGUUUAUUUAGCGUUUAUGGAAGGAGUCUCCAGUGUCAGCACUUUGUAACAAUCUUCAGGAUGGAGGAGAUUAUGCUUUGUGGUUUCUCAGUAACAAGACAAGCUCAUUUUUUGUCUUAUAAACUUCAAGAGAGAAAACAUGAGAGCCUCAUGAGUGAGCAACUGUUUAUAACUCCCACAACGUAAGUGUUAAUAGGAACUAACCUGUUGUAUUAACAACACUGUUAUUGGAAAAUAAUCAAGCUGUUAACAGUGACUGCUUCUUCACACCACCCUGCCUUUGAUUAUUUUCCAUAGUGUUUUACUCCUUAGAUAUUCAAAAAGAUUUAUUUUUUUCAACAAGAUUUGCUGUUUUACUAUUUAUACCAUUUUUAUUACUUGGGAUAAUAAAGGACCAUCUGUGAAUCCUAACUCUUAUUAAAUGUGUUCAUCAUUUCAAAGUGUACAAACUUUUGCACUCAAGUGUAAAUAAAUGUGUAAAGCCACAUGAGGGCACCAAAGUAAGAAAGUUUCAGAGAGCCCAUGCUGAGCUCAGCUGAAAUUCGUAUCUCAUCCACUGAUUCAUUUUCUCCCACCAUCAAUCACACAAUCAAGUUCCUGUUAUUCUCAUAUGCACUCAGAGCUGGCAAUAGAUAGUUAGCAACUUUUAUAUUUCUUUAUCUAAAAAAUAUAUCGUAAGGAGACAAAUUCUGCUCGUUUGGCCAUGCUGUGAAUGAACUCGUGCAUUUUGAUGUAAGCAUUGUGUAGCACUUCCUUGCUUUGCUCCACCUCUCCGUCUCCACCCCCCCACGUCUGUCUGCAAGCCUCACUCCAGUGACGUCACCCUGCUUUUGUUGGGAAACAAAGAAAUUGGAGUCUGUUUUCAGGAAAAAAAUAAAGAAGUGUGUGUGUGUGUGUGUGUGUGUGUGUAGGGGGGUUGUGGUGAGAAAGGCUGUGUGAAAUUCCCCGAAAAGGAACAACGACCGCCAACUAUGUCCCAGUGCGGGAAUCUGAGGAAAGGAAAAAGAAGAUGAAAUGACGUUAUAAUGGACAUUAAAAAUGCAUGUUCCUGCCUGAGUGCAGAGUUAAAAGCCAGCAGAAAUACCAACAGGAUCUGUCAGCUUGAGUCAAGGUGACACACCCAGGGGUUCAGGAAAAAAAUAAUAAUAAUAAUACACCCUGUUAUUAUUCAUGUGACACAUCUGACUGCUUCCAAACAUGUAAUCAGAGGCAGAAUGGUUCUCCUGGUGGGUUCUUCGAAUCAUCUCAAGGUCAUCGAUUUGGUACACAAGAUGAUAUUGUGACACGAGUUAAAGUAGGAAUCAAAAGC